AUGUGGGUGGGUUGUGGUUUCUCAGAAGGCAGUCCACAGGCCUAUAUAUACCCUUAACUGGCUUGAACGUGAGCAUACCUAUUUCAUUUACAGCUUCCCUGAAACGAGUUGGAAGUUGGAACUUCUUGGGAGCAUCAAUGGCUGUUUUGGUUCUGGUUUUUGGGGUGGUGGUUUUAGGGCUUUGCAUCUGCACUGCCCUGCUAAGGUGGAAUGAAGUGAGAUACCGGAAGAAAGGGUUGCCUCCAGGGACAAUGGGGUGGCCAGUGUUUGGAGAGACUACAGAGUUUCUGAAGCAAGGACCAAACUUCAUGAAAAACAAGAGAGCAAGGUAUGGAAGUCUUUUCAAAUCCCACAUAUUGGGCUCCCCUACUAUAAUUUCCAUGGAUCCAGAGGUCAACAGAUAUAUUCUCUUGAAUGAAGCGAAAGGCUAUGUUCCCGGUUACCCUCAGUCCAUGUUAGAUAUCCUGGGAAAAUGCAACAUAUCUGCUGUGCAUGGUCCAACACACAAGACUAUUAGAGGGGCCAUGCUGAGCCUCAUCAGCCCCAUCAUGAUCAGAGACCGACUUCAGCCAAAGAUUGAUGCGUUUAUGAGAUCCCACCUCAGUAGCUGGGAUGGAAAAACUAUUGAUAUACAAAAGAAAACGAAAGAGAUGGCUCUGCUGGUAUCACUCAUGCAGAUUGUUGGACACGAAUCUAAUUUGAUAGUUGAAGCUUUCAAGUCAGAAUUCUACAAACUGGUUCUAGGGACCCUUUCUCUACCCAUCAGCCUCCCGGGAACAAAUUACAGUAAUGGGUUACUGGCAAGGAAGAACAUUGUAAACAUCCUGAAAACAAUCAUGGAAGGAAGACGGGCUUGUCCAAGUAACCAACAGGACAUGCUUGAUUGCAUGUUGAGGGAAGAAGACCCAAGAUACAAACUCAAUGAUGAAGAGAUGAUUGAUCAACUAAUUACAAUCGUGUUUUCGGGUUACGAGACUGUUUCAACUACCUCAAUGAUGGCUGUUAAGUAUCUUUAUGAUCAUCCAAAAGCACUUGACAAACUCAGGGAAGAACAUUUUACAAUUAGAAAAAACAAGGGACCAGAGGAACCAAUCAACUGGAAUGAUUACAAAUCUAUGAGUUUCACUCGUGCUGUGAUCUUCGAGACUGCAAGGCUAGCUACCAUUGUUAAUGGGGUGCUGAGGAAAACUACUCAAGAAAUGGAACUGAAUGGAUUUGUUAUUCCAAAAGGUUGGAGAAUAUAUGUUUACACAAGGGAGAUCAACUAUGAUCCACUUCUAUACCCAGACCCAUUUACCUUCAAUCCAUGGAGAUGGAUGGAUAAGAGUUUGGAAUCUCACAAUUACUUUUUCCUGUUUGGAGGAGGAGGCAGGCUAUGCCCAGGGAAGGAAUUGGGUAUUGUAAAAAUCUCCAUGUUUCUUCAUUAUUUCGUGACUAGAUACAGAUGGGAACAAGAUGGAGGAGAGAUCCGGAAAUUCCCAAGAGUUGAAGCACCAAAUGGGCUCCACAUAAGGGUCUCAAAUCUUUGAUUUUCUUAAAAAUGAAUGUACAGAAGAAACAUUACAUAUGGGAGAAAUGUGGAUGUACAACAAUGUUCAAUAAGUGAAUAAAAUGAAAUUACCAACUGAGGGUGGCUCAGUUGGUAGGGUCUCUGGCUUGUUGUAUC